CUCUGCGUACCCAUCCGGGUCUUGCUGUUCUUUCGUGUUCCCUUCUAAUCAAACGAGCUCCUUCAAAGCAUUCUCAUCGGGAUUCGACAAAAUACUGACUGAAUGCGAAUGCAGUUCCAGACAUCAAGUUAAAGAGAGAUGUGGAAGAUGAGAGGACAUCGAGGCUGUGACGAAUAACUGAAAAACGACAGAAAAUGAGGUGUCCCGCAGACGUCAUUGUAGAAGAUCUUCACCCUGAGAAGCAUGAUCCACUCCACGUCAAACAGGAGUUGGAGAUGCCGUACAUCAAACAGGAGGUGGAGCCAGAGACCAGCAGUAUUAAAGAAGAAGAACCGGAAGAUGAAAUCACCACGUUUCCAAUGACUGUCAGUGUGAAGAGUGAGGAAGAUGAGAAAGAGAGCAGAGCAGCGAAAACUUUGAGCGGCAGCUCCUUUCAGCACCUGACAACAAAAGGAGAGGAACGAUCGCAAACGGACGGCCUGUUAGCUCCGCUUUCAGACAGCGACGACGUGACAUCAGACUCUUCUGACUUUAACACUGAUGAACAGGAUGAUGACUUUGACCAAAAUUAUUCGAAAUCCUUAAAGAAGUCAUCGUUGAAAAGAGACUCAAAAGAAUGCGUAGGUGGGAAACGGUUUGCCUGCAAACGUUGCGACAAAAGAUUUUCUCGGAAGACUGAUUUAGAAAAGCAUAAGCGUACACACACUGGAGAAAAGCCUUUUGUCUGCACAUAUUGCGAUAAAAGAUUCACAGAGAAAGGAAAUUUAAACAAACACCAAGGCACACAUACUGGAGAGAAGCCUUUCGGCUGCUCAUUUUGCGAGAAAAGAUUUCGUCACAGGUAUCAGGUGACAACACACAUGCGUAUGCACACUGGAGAAAAGCCUUUUGUCUGCACAUGCUGUGGUAAAAGAUUCACUGAGAAGAGAAAUUUAAACAAACACACAAGAACACACACUGAAGGGAUGACUUUCGCCUGCUCAUUUUGUGAGAAAAGAUUUCAUUCAAAGUAUCAGCUGACAAGACACACGCGAACACACACUGGAGAAAAGCCCUUUGUCUGCACACAUUGUGGUAAAAGAUUCGCUCUGAAGUUAACUUUAAUCAGCCACAUAAGGACACACACUGGAGAGAAACCUUUCGCCUGCUCCCUUUGCAACAAAAGAUUCGGUCGUAAGCCACAGUUAAAAUUACACAUGCGUACGCACUCUAGGGAAAAGCCUUUUUCCUGCUCAGUUUGUCAUAACAGAUACUCUCAGAAGGGAACUUUAAACAGACACGCAAGAACACACACUGCAGAGAAACUUUUUGACUGCUCACUUUGUGGUAAAAGAUUCACUCAGAAGUGGAAUUUAGAAUCGCACGCAAGAAGCCACAAUGGUGAAAAACCUUGCGCGUCAAAUCAGGGGCUGGUAAACCAAAAUGUUAAAACUGGACCAAAAAAACAUAUUGUAUGUCUGGAGCGACAAAAUAUGAAAUGAUUUAAAUGACCCGUACCCCCUCCAUCCACCACAUCACUCCAUUGGCUGCCGGUCCACUUUCGAAUCCAGUUCAAAGUCCUUCUCACAUUCAAGGCCAUCCACAACCUUGCCCCGUCAUACCUGUCUGACCUCAUUCAUGUUACAACUCUCUCCGGUGCCCUUAGAUCUUCCUCCUCCAUACCCCUGUCUGUUCCCCCCACAGAAUUCAGUUGCUCGGCUCCCCGGCUUUGGAAUACGGUACCACCCGCCCUCAUGAACAUCGACUCACUUCCCCUUUUUCAAGCCAAACUCAUAACUCACCUGUUCAGACUCGCCUAUCGAUUAUAAUCCCUAAUUUCUUUGUGUUUUGUUUCGAGCUUUAUUUUUUUUUUCGACAUCUCUUUUAGUAUUUCAAAUUCACCCAGACAUAAUUUAAUUUAGUUU